AUGAAAUGCUUAGCAGCGGAUGACUUCUUGUGGCAGCACAACCUGCAGACGCUGCAAUGUCUUGUCCUACUUAUCUAUGCGAUCAACCACGCACAGGGCCCAGCGUGGUCGCUUCUUGGAACGACGCUCAGUAUUGCAGUGGCAAUCGGAUGCCAUGUUGACCCGGCUCUGCUAAACGUCACCUUUGUUGAAGCUGAAGAGAGACGCCGAGCUUGGGCUGGUUUGAUGAUGCUAUAUACAAUUCAAAACACCUGCCUAGGCAGCAUAGCUCCAUUUGAAAUCACCAAUAACGUCCAACUUCCGAUGGACAUGGAAGAUGACGAAAUCAUGUCCCGUUCCUUACCUCUGGACGACUUGACGAUCGUGGACCCAUAUUCAGACGAUAGACCGCCAACCAAAAUGUCAUAUGUUCUUUUCAAAUUUCGGCUCUAUCGACUUGCAUCCGAUAUCUGCUGCUUGACUUCGUCGCAGACCAUGCCCCAGCUUGAUCAAAUCCGCAAUUUGAACGACCGAAUUGGCGCCGAGAAGAGAGCACAAAUUCGGCGCUUCCAUAGGCAUCCCGAUCUUCCAAUAUAUCAACGGGCACACUCAUUCAUUCUGGAUAACUACACCAACCACCUCAUGCUACUCUUGCAUCGGUCAUUUCUUACCACCAAUGACUCCGUCGAUCCUGAGAUCAUAAGCACGGGCUACGAGCGAUGUGAGCAGGCGGCCUAUGCCGUCCUGUCCAAUUACGAAAAUCUUCACGCGCGGCAGGAGUUCAGAUCCUACAGCUGGUACACCCACGGCAUCGGAGCCUUUCAUGCCUUCUUCGCAAUGUCGACUUUGUUGGUCAUGCUGGGCCAGACCAAACGAACCGCUGCUUCGAAGCAAGUCAUCGUCCAAGCCGUGCAAAGCUGUUUGGGCAAAAUUCAAGAAGCGACGCCAUUCAGCGAAAUUUGCAAUCGAGCAUAUUCUAUACUCUCUCCAUUGGUUACCGGCAAUAUUUGCCAAUCGGAUACGUCGCCCGGGGAGGCCUCGGCUACACCAGCAAGCACGGGUUCCAAGGAUGCCAGUGUGCAGUUCAUGGCUAUGAACGCGGGUGAAGAAUGCGAAAUUUUCGAUCCCAAUGCGUGGCCGUUGGCAGAAGGCCUCGAGCAAAUGAUUUCCAAGAUUCCAUGCGAGCAGUGGCUAUCUUCGGCGGGGUUCCCGUGGGCGGAUGCUCUGCAUCUCUGA